UUGAUGUUUUUAUUUUCGUCUCAAGAUGAUUGUGAUGUUGUUACGUUUCUUCAGCAGAACUCCUCAAAGAGAACACAGAGCACAAACUCUGACACCACUGAAUCAGUCUCUGAUGUUUCCAGCAGAGUAGAUUAUGGCGACUGAAGGAUCUGGGUUUUAAAAGCAGACUGCUGGUCUUCAGCUGAGCUUCUUCUGGUGUUUCCAGCACAGUGACAGGAUGGCAGCUGCAGCAGCAUCUGGUGAGUAUAGUCAGAUUUACAGCAGAAAUAUGCAAAAACUCUCACAAGCUGUUCAGGGUUACUAUGUUUGAUGUUAAAUUGAAAAUAGUUGGCCAAGCUAAAAGUUCCUCCUCAUAUCUCAGUUGUAGGGCCAAAUCUGUACCACUAGGUGGCGACACAGCGUUACACAUUUAUUAGCAAACAGCAGCUGACUGUUUUCAGACUGUGUUUUUCUGGGCUGCUAAGAGGAAUCUAUCGCUGCAAUAUUUCAUUCACAAAAUCCAACAUCACAGUAAUCGAUAUCAAUAAUGUAAUUAUGUUUUGUUGAUGACAUUUGCUGUUUUAGAGGCAGGAUAAUCCAGGAGAGGGUCAGUACCUUUCUAGAGGGUCACUGCUCCAUCUAAUGAAACACAAACUAUGCUAUGAAAAUAAUAAGGCUUGUUAUAUUAGACAUAUGGAUGAAAACUAUUAUGAUCAAGAAAGUACACUCCUUUGUUUCACCAGGGCUUAAAGGAUAGAUUCAAAAAUUUUCAAGUCUCAAAACAACUGUCAGGAGCAUAUGAACACUGAAACAGUCAUUACUUGCUUUAAUCAUUUGUCCUGUUCAUACUUACUGCAAAGAGAUUCUUUCUGAUGUGUUUCCAAUGUAAGAGACAGAGGAGAAAAUCCACUGGCUGAUGUUGACACUCGAAACUGAAAGUCAAAGAGAGACCUCUGAGGUGCAGCAGGAGCAGUGAAUUUAUGCCCCCUGACAUGUCUGAGCUGAGGGUUGUUCUGCUGGGGAACAGCUGGUCUGAGAGGAGUUCAGUGGGGAACUUCAUACUGGGAAAGACUGAGUUCAACACUGAGGAAGCACCAGACUGCUGUCUGACAGUCAGAGGACAGUUGAAGGAUAAAGAAAUAGUUCUCAUCAACACCCCAGAUCUGCUGCAUCCAAACAUCUCUGAAGACAAACUGACAGAACAUGUAGAAAACUGUGUGAGACUCUCUGUUCCUGGACCUCAUGUGUUCCUGCUGGUUCUACAUCCUGAAGUCUUCACUGAGAAACACAAACUGAGGCUCUGCACAGUUCUUCAACUCUUCAGUGAUCAAUCAUUUGAUCAUUCACUGAUACUGAUAUCACCAACCAGAGAGGAGAGUUCAGGUUUCAUAGAAAACUACAUGAACCAUCCUCACUUAAAAGAGAUGAUCAGAAUGUGCAGAUACAGAUACUUGAAGCAGAAGGACCUUGAACUUCCAGAGCUGUUAACACGUUUGGGUCAAACUUCACAGGAAAACAAUGGAGAACAUCUGAGCUGUGAUGUAUUUGAUGAUCAGGAUGCUGGUUUAAUCAUGAGACCAAAGUCUGAACACACUGAACCAGUUUUAAACCUGGUUCUGUGUGGGAGGAGAGAAGCAGUGAAGACUUCAGCAGUCAAGGCCAUUUUAGGUCAGACAGAGCUUCAUUCAGUCUCCAACUCAUCAGAGUGUGUUAAACAUCAGGGAGAGGUGUGUGGACGUUGGGUUUCCCUGGUGGAGCUGCCUGCCUUGUAUGGAAAACCUCAGGAGGCAGUGAUGGAGGAAUCAUUCAGGUGUAUCUCCCUCUGUGAUCCUGAGGGCAUCCAUGCCUUCAUCCUGGUCCUACCUGUGGAUCCCCUCACUGAUGAAGACAAGGGAGAGUUAAAGACCAUCCAGAACACAUUCAGCUCUCAAGUCAAUGACUUCACCAUGAUUCUGUUCACUGUGGAGUCAGAUCCUACAGCUCCAGCUGUUGACUUUGUAAGAAAGAACAGAGACAUCCAGGAGCUCAUUCAGAGCUGUGGAGGAAGACAUGUUGUUCUCAACAUCAAGAACAAGCAGCAGAUCUCUGAGAUGUUGGAUACUGUGGAGAAGAUGAGAGUUGAAGGAUCCAGAUGCUUCACAAAGGACAUGUUCACCAAGGCUCAGAUGGAGAAGGUUACAAGACUUCAGAGCAAUCAGAGCAGAGAGAGUGUCAGGAUGGUGCUGAUUGGGAAGACUGGCUGUGGAAAGAGUGCAACUGGAAACACCAUUUUGGGUGAGAAGCAUUUUAAACCUAGAAUCAGACCAAAGCCAGCAACCAAGUCUUGUAAGAAAGCAACAGGGGAGAUCGAUGGACAGCUCAUCACUGUGGUCACCACCCCCGGCCUCUUUGAUACGACUCUCUCUGAUGAUGAAGUUCAACUGGAGUUCAACAAAUGCAUCAGCAUGGUGGCUCCUGGACCUCAUGUGUUCUUAUUGGUGCUGCAAAUCGGGAGCUUUUCACAAAGAGAAAAAGACUCUGUGGAGCUGAUCAAGAAAUAUUUUGGCAAGAAAUCAGGAGAUUUCACCAUCAUCAUCUUCACCAGAGGAGAUGAACUGGAUGAUCAGUCAUUUGAGAGUUACAUUGAAGACUGUGAUGACUUUGUCAAACAACUAAUAAUUGAGUGUGGAGGGAGAUACCAGGUCUUCAACAACAAAGAUCAGACAAACCGCACACAAGUCAGAGAGCUGCUGACCAAGAUUGAGAACAUGGUGAAGAAAAAUGGCAGCGGCUGCUACAAGACUGAGAUGAGUAAUGACACUGAGGAACUCAAACAAAUAGAAGUGAAGAAUAUCUUGAAACAGAAGGAAGAAGAGAUGAAGAAAAAAGAGGAGGAACUCAGGAGAAAACAUGAGGAGGAGAUGAAAACACUGAAAAGAAAAAUCAGUGAACAGAGUGGAGAAAUUGAACAGGAGAAAAAACUGAGAGCAAAACAGCUGAAGGACAAGGAGGAAUGCUUCAACAAGGAGCGUGAGGGGAGAAAGAAAGAACGUGAGGAAGAGGAGAGAAAACGGAAAAAACAAGAAGAAACUCAGCGUCAGGAAUGGAAAAGAAAACUGGAGGAUUCAGAGAAAAGAGUUAAAUCAGAAAGAGAGGAAAGGGAAAGCGCUGAGAAGAAGCUGGAGCAGUGUAGAAAAGAGAUGAAGAGAAAUAGAGAGGCCUGGGAUAAAGAAAGGAAGGACAUCUGGGAACAAAAAUAUAGGGACCUAAAACAGAACCUGGAGGAGGAGAAAACAAGCCUCAGAAAUCUCCGAGAAGAGUACCAUCACAAGAGAAAGAAAUGGAUAUAUUGUUUUUUUGUGCUGUCGUUGUUCCUUGUAUUUUUAUUGUAUUAUGUAUUUCAGCAUCAUACAUAAAUACACACUACAGAUAAUACUAAGCCAAGUGAACACACAUGAAGAUUUUUACAACUUAGCAGCUAUCGUACAGUUUAGGGGUAUUUACGGACCAUCGACUGAUAGCUUAGGUCUGGUGACUGCACACAGUUCUCCAGAAGUCCUUACAGUGAAGCUGCCGUGUUUACACAUCCUCCAAAGUCUGAAAGAAACCAGGAUUCCUCAAUUCCAGUCACACCAGUGGCUAGCUGGAAGGCUGAGAUGACAAUACAUGUAAAUAGUAACUAGUAACUAAAUUACUACAAUUAAAUUACUUGUUUUAUUUUUCUGUUAAACUACAUAUGUGUAAAUAAGACAGUUUGUAAGCUGCUCCGAGGCACAUUUGAUGGAGCUAAGCUAACAAUGUCCCCUUGCUUCCAGUCUUUUUGCUCAACUAAUCAAAAUAUAACACUGAAAUACACUACAAUAUUGAAAACACAGAAAUGUAAUAAAAAUUGAUUAAUUUAGACGUAUGGCUAAACCGCUGUGGGCUAUCAUUUUUAUUUAAAAUAUCCAAGCUUACAUGACAAGUCUGUUUUAUUGUAAUCCGUCUUUGAUUGUCCCUUUAAAUACAUUUUAAAUGACAUAUAUUUUACAGUGUUUAUAUAUUUUUUCACACUGAAUCAUAAUAAUUGUUUAAAGCUGGAACAUCUUUCCCAGUCUGCAUGUGAGCAAACAUGCACCAAGGUUGUUUGGAGAUGUUUUAUACUUGUACACAUGUUGAGAAUAACUUUAACAUGUUUUUUCUUUAUCAUGUUUGCCUCCCUACACAAAGUUCAAUCAGCUUGCUCAGAAUAGCACAAUGCCCACUGACUACGUUAAUGUUCUUGUUUGUUUGGACAAGUAAUAUAUGCUGUAUAUAUUCCCAUUUAUUUGCUCAUCCAGUUUGUUCAUCUCAAUCAAUCAGUGCAUUAAAUGGUUUUAUGACUAUCUCUAGGUUAGAACUCAGGCAACAGUUUCCAAUAGUUCCAAGUCAAGUCUCCUUCAGGACAGUAUUGGUGUCCCACAAUGGUCUAUUCUCAGUCCUGUUUUAUUCACAAUAUACAAAAACAAAAUAAUCUCUGCAUCUCUGAAACUGUUGAAUGUUAUAUGAUGAUAUGAUCGAAAUUGAAAAACUCAGAAGGUCAUUUAAGAACAAUAUUUAAUUUCACAGUUUUGAGGUUUUUCCAGUUCCCUAAAAAGUUCCUCUAUCAGGAUAAAAAAAAUACUCACAAUAAAAAGAUUUUUUAUCAAUUUUCCCAAGGUAAGACUCUAAAGUCAUGUCUCCUCGCUCAUUGUGUACAGUACAAGAAAAAUAUAAAUGUGUUAUUGUGCAUGAAAAUAUAUUGUCAUAUAUAACCGUUACUGUUAAAAAAUAUAUUUUGGUACACUUGUGAAAUAUGUACUUGGGGGGGAAAAAGUCUGUUUUAUGGUACAGCGGAAAACAUUUUUCUAAUUGCUGUAAUCACUGGUUAGAGAUUAGAUGAGGAUUAAUGCCUCCAGAACAGUGUUUUUAAACAAAUGUGUUUGUUUGUUUGUUUUAUUCUCAAAUAUUUGUCGGGCAUAUCUUUCAGCAAAACAGAUGCUUUGUUCUGUGAUUUACAUGUAAAUAUAAAAUGUGAGCACUGUUUAUACUUUUCCAUACAUAUCUUUAAAUUUUGUUUAUAAAUUGUUUGUACAUAAAGUACCAGUCAAGAGUUUGGAUACACCUUCCCAUUCACUUUAAUGAGAAAAUGUGUCCAAACUUUUGACUUGUAAUUUAUUGUUUAGUGAAACAUUUUAACAUCCUCGAUGGCAGUUCACUCAAAGCAAAUGUACUGUGUUUAUCUGAUAAAACAUAACCUCAGAUUUCCUGUUUGUGUCCCCUUAAAACACAACUUACAUCUGUUGUCUUGGUUCAUGUAUGUGUUGGUUCAGUUUUGUUAGAUGACACUGGGAGGCUUCUUAAUGAAAAAUCUGGAGACACAGAUACUCUAUUUAUAUGAAUAACCUGAUCCCAGAUUAAUAAAAUAUGUACUGUGAA